GCUCUCUGCCCCGGAAGCUCUCGGUUGGUAUUAGCAACGCUACGGCCGGUGAAGGCCUGCGCCAAAAGGGAGCCAAGAAAAAUAACGAUAACAAAGAAAAUUAAUCGAGUCGUCUAGAGAGUUUAACUACCUAGUGGGAUUUUUGCCGACCAAAAAGCGGGUACACUGGCUUUCACUCAAAGAGGGGCUGCGGGGUCUCUCAUCAGCAUCAGAGCAGAGAGGGUGUGAAUCAGCUGAAGGGGGUUAGAGAUGAACAGCUCUUCCUCCCCUAGAAUGGUCCUGAGCUACAAGCGGACCUCCAGCCCUCGAUCUCCACCUACCUCGGGAGAGCUUUACACGCCGGCUCAUGAGGAGAAUGUGCGCUUCAUACAUGACACAUGGCAGUGUGUGCUGAAGGAUAUUAAGUCUCCACAGAGCAGUGACCGAGGACCUCAGGAGUACGUGGAGAAGAAUCCAAACCCCUCCCUGCUCUCUUUCACGCCAGUUGACUUGAGUGACAUCAAGAAACGGAACACACUGGACUCCAAGAAGUCUUAGUCUUCCAUCAAAUUGUUUUAGUCCAACUGGUUUUUAUACCCAAUCUUCCAUUGGAACUUCCACUGGUUUCCUCUGUCAGGCAGCCAGUUCACCCUGACAGUUGUUGCCAAGUAAGCCUCAGCCUCCCCAGACCUCCAGACUGGCAGUUUGCGUUCCUUCAUCCCUCAGGGUGGCUUGAAUCCUGUCACUUGGAGGCGUCUUAUCACCCUCUUUCUGCAUCAACCAGUUUUGCUUACACUCCAUAAUAUAUCCUCUGCACUGGAGGAUGGGGAGAGAAAUAUGGCUGGAAUACCGUGUUCAGGGAUUUUCUCUUUUCCCCACAUCAUUUUUUAUAUUAUGAUGUAAAUGAAUAUAAAUUUCUUGGGAAAAAAUAUAUAUAUAAAUGGGACCAACGCUGUGAGUAAGCAUUGAUUGGCUGAAGAACGAUCUCUCCUGCAUGAUGCCCAAAGGACUCUCAAAAAAACUGGUUGGUUUCCCACCACAGUCUGUAUUGUACAGAAGCACAAAUGCUGACCUGACCUUUCAUUUUGCCACGUACUUGAGGGUUGGGUGUCCUAAAUGUCAGUGUUUUGGACAUUGAACAGGAACAAUGGCUUUUUAUUUUAAACUUAAGUCUGCGUCAUAUCACUUUAGGUCCUGAUCAAAUAUUGGAAACGAGCACUGCUUUUUUUAUCCAGGAAACCCUACCUAUGUACCGAGAACCUAUUACUAUGUGUUGGUCCAAAUAUCGGAUUGUGAUGCAUGGUAACACUCAAAUGGCUAAACCAUGGCAUUUUCUGCAAAAGAGGUUCGGCUGUUUUAUUCCUGAAAAAAUACUCCGAUUGGCCCUUGUAUUGGCAGUCAUUAAUUUUUAACUGCACUUGGAUGUUUUAAAUAAAUAAUUUUGUUUGCAUGGGAUGUACUUAUCCUGGGAGUAUAACCUGUAAACCUUGCAUCUGUUCUAAAUUACAAUAGUAGCCUGUCCCUGCUCUUUCUAGACUGGUCUCUGACCUGAGGGAAAUGAAAAAUAAUGAAGGAGGAUUGAGACUAUUGGGAUGGUGAAUGACACCAUGGAGGUGACCCCAGUAAUGAUUUUAGUACUGAAUUAUUCCUUGGGGAAUCGAAGAAGCAGCUAAGAAGCUAUGCAGUCUUGGGUUUACUUGCUGUGGAGUUUUGUCCCCUCUGUGACCAAGGAGGGGGAGAAUGAAUACAGGUUUCUCAGUGUAUAAAACAAAAGCUAAAGAUUUUGUUAUUGGGUUAGAAGAUGAUUUGUUCUGUUACAAAGACAUAGGGGAAGAAUAAGGAAGCACCAUUUACUGUCCUCUGAUGUUCAAAGGUGGGAAUUUCCACGUCAAACUUAGCACUGUUCGUUAUUCUCUAAACAGAAAAGGCAGAAAGUUAUGCAAAAUUAAAUACAUAAUUGUGUUGUAACUGGGAAUGUGCUGCAUAAAUAAAGCUUUCUUAAGUCAU